UUUGUAUUCUCAUAACUUAGAUUCUCUAGCCUUGAUCUUUCUUGAAACAUCACUCUUUGUAGCUCUACCUUGUUCAAUCUAUAUAUCCUUCCAUUCAACACUCUAGUAUAGCCUGUUAGGCACAUUAUAGCCACUUACACAAUUUUUAAUCACACAUAUACCCAACAUGCAUAUCCAGUCAUCAAAUUAAAAUAAAAAAAUUAAACCCCACACACAGAUAUAUUUAUAUAAAUAUAGUUUAGAUACCAGUCUAUUCAAUAUCCUCACAUCCACAUCAAUUAAUAUAUAUAUAUAUAUAAAUAUAUAUAUAAACAUAUCAAUAUAUACAAGACACCACCCCCACCCCCUACCCACCCCCAAGUUGAAGGAGCCUGCUGGUGACGUUGGAUGUGGUAUCUUCCCCGCAGCUUUCGAUCCAACACUCUGAGAAAAGUUCUGGGCUUCCCUCAUUCUCUCAGUCUCUAGCUAUUCUAUUUCCCUUGGAAUCAUCCUCUCUUCCUCUUCUGGAUAACUUUUCACACUUAUCCCAAAAAACCCUCUCUCUCUCUCCUCUCUCUCUCUACCCCACCCUAAAAAACCCAAAAAAAAGUUUCCGCAAAACUAAAACAACUUUAAUAUAAUACAACGGGUUUCUCCUACGAUUUCCCCCUGUUUAAGCCUGUUUUAGAUUAGAGUUAUACAACGUACGAACACAAGAAUAUACAUUUGGUUAGGUUUUGUAUUAUUCUUCAUUUCUUGAAUCUUGAUCCUUCUUCUAUAUAUAUGGAGUAUUUGAGAGAGCUGGAAGGGAAGAGAGCUAACGAUCAUCGUUAUGGGACGAUGGUGAAGGAGAAGAUGGCGUGCAAAUGCGUGGAGGGGCCGAUAAUUGUGGGCGCCGGACCGUCGGGGCUGGCGGCGGCGGCCUGCCUGAAGGAAAGAGGCCUGCCGGCGGGAGCGGUUCUUGAAAGGGCUGAAUGCAUAGCCUCUCUGUGGCAGCUGAAGACGUACGACCGUCUCCGCCUCCACCUGCCGAAGCAGUUCUGCGAGCUGCCGCUGAUGACGUUCCCGGCGGACUUUCCGACGUACCCGACGAAGCAGCAGUUCUUGGAGUACCUGCACGAGUACGCCGACCGGUUCGACAUCCGUCCGGUCUUCAACAGGACGGUGCAGUCGGCGGAGUACGAUCCGACUACGGGGUUUUGGAGGGUGAGGACGGAGGACACGACGAAGAGUGGAGCGGAGGCGGAGGCCGUGGAGUAUGUAUCGAGGUGGCUGAUCGUGGCGACGGGGGAGAAUGCGGAGGAGGUGGUGCCGGAGAUGGAGGGAAUGGAGGAGUUUUCCGGGGAGAUAGUGCAUACAAGUAUGUAUAAAGACGGAGAGGUUUAUAGGGGAAAGAGGGUUUUGGUAGUGGGCUGUGGGAACUCAGGAAUGGAGGUGUGUUUGGAUCUCUGCAAUCAUAAUGCAGCCCCUUCUCUUGUCGUCCGAGAUACGGUUCACGUCCUACCACGAGAGAUGCUGGGGAGAUCGACUUUCGGCCUGUCCAUGUGGUUACUCAAGUGGCUUCCCGUGCGAAUUGUCGACCGGUUCUUGUUGGCCGUUUCCUGGCUGACACUUGGCGACACCUCCCAGUUCGGGCUGGACCGGCCCGAGAUCGGCCCGCUGGAGCUCAAGAAUCUGUCUGGGAAGACUCCGGUCCUCGACGUUGGUACACUCGCCAAGAUUAAAAGUGGGCACAUCAAGGUCUGCCCCGGCAUUCAACGACUAAGGCAUCAUAAAGUGGAAUUCGUAAAUGGAAAAGAAGAACAUUUUGAUGCUAUAAUCCUAGCUACUGGUUACAAAAGCAAUGUGCCCUAUUGGCUAAAGGAAGGAGAGAUGUUCUCACAAACCGAUGGAUUCCCAAAAAGGCCAUUUCCAAAUGGUUGGAAGGGAGAAUGCGGUCUAUAUGCCGUGGGGUUCAAUAAACGUGGAUUGCUAGGUGCAUCAAUGGAUGCCAAGAAUAUUGCCCAAGAUAUUGAAAGGUCUUAUACUUGUAUGUCUCAUGCUAAAAAUCUGAAAGCCAUUGCCCCUUCACCUAGGAUGACGAAAGUGGUACCAUAAAAU